CAAACAGUACAUUGGUAUCAUUUAAAGUUCGAAUACGCGCGCACUGACCGCUUCGGACGGGCGGCCAUUUUUUUUUUCAUAUUUUUGAACGACAUUCUAAAUUCAAGUGUGUUUUUUUUUUAAUCAUGUUGAGUUUAGACUCUCCCAUUUUGGGCACUGGAUUCAUGAAAGAAAGUAAAACAUUGUUGAAAGUGAGAUUGUGGUUUUAUGCGUUCUCGUAUGUUCAUUUAGUCACAGUUGCGACUUCGCUGUUGACUAUUGACUUUGGUGCUCAUGAUGAUCCGGAUAUCCAGAUGUACCAGAAGAUCAGGUUUAAACUGAUCACUGCUUGGUUUAAUCUCUUCACUUUGGUAUAUUUUCCGAUAUGCUUCUACUGUGAUUGGAGGGAACUGAGAGGCGAACAUGAGAGGAGCCAUGUGAAACUUCUGAAUCAAGUUAGAUACUUGUGCUUCACAAGCAUCCUUCUGCCGACCACUGCGUUUGGUGACAUCCUUUUCUGGCGAGUAUGGAACAGUCAUCGAGAGCUGAUAGCACCGCCCAGUAUCCACAAAAUAGUGCCGUUUUGGUCCCAGCACUGCAUGCAUACGGUCUCUUUAGUGGUCGUGUUAAUGGACCUAGUACUGGUAAGGAGAGAGAGGCCGAAGAGUAAUGCAUUGAACAUCGGGAUUUUGACGUGCUUCCUCGUCGCGUAUAUUGUGGUGUGCGUCCAAAGCUUCCUGAAAGGUGAAUACGUUUAUCCUGGCCUCAAGCUGUUCACAGGAUUUAAGUUCCCUGUACUAGUAACAUAUGUAUUCGUUGAAAAUCUUUUCUACUACACCAGUCAAUGGUUUAUCGUCGACAUGGUGUGGGGCCAAGGAAAUAUGAAGAAAGUUAUAUGAAGAAUCUAGAUUUUAAUUAAUAUUAAGUAGUUCUACAGUUCGCGCCACGUAAUUUUGCUAACCUGAAGUUGUCAUUUGACUCUUUGUGCAUUAGUACGUAGAAACAUUGUCAAAAGCUAUGCUUAAUUAAAAGCUGGAUAGUAAAAAAAAAUGUCUUCAAAACACUACAGGAGAUAAAAGCGAAAUUUAUUACUUUUUGCACAAUGCACCACGGCGGAUUUAAUGCCUAAGGCAUUUUCUACCAGUCUACCUUUUGGUGGUAGAGAAAAACCAGUGGCUUUUUUUAUAGAUAAGGCAUACGUAUAAUGCGUGCAUGAAGGCAUGAUAUGUGAACAAAUACAUGUUUAUUAAAUAAUUGGCUUACUUCAGAAUUGCAAACUUAUGUGGCGCGAACCAUACCGCUUUAUAUUUUUUAAAGGAUUUUUGCUAAUAUGAGAGGUUUAGUUAAUGUAUUCAAGCAUAAUUUUACACGAUAUGACGACGGUUGAAGGAAGUUGAUUGAACGAAUUCUAAGCUACGUUAGAUGAGAAAUCUUGAUUAAAAUAAUUAGUUUUCGUAAUUGUUAUGAAAACAGGAAUAUAAUUACAAAAUUAUUUGGUAUUAAUGUUAAACAAAUCAUUGUUCUGAAAUUAAAUAUUUUGGCUAAUUAUUACAUUACUGAUAGCUAUGUGUUUUAGAAAUAUAUUGAAUACAUAACUUGUAGUAUUGAAUUCUCCUGGUAAGAGAUUAAACGUGAUAUUAAUAUAAUAUAAUUUAAUGAUUCCCACUAACAAUUUCCAGUUAUUAUAUCUACUACGAUUUAAAAGAAUCUCGUGUUAACCUUUAUAAACCUUUUUAAAUAAAAUAACCUUUGUAUUUAUUCUGUUUAUAUAACAAUAUUUCAUUUAAUAUAAAUUGAACAUUGCAGUGGAGAGGUAAAUAAAUAAACCGAAUUUAAUUUAGCUGUGUUUUAUUUAUUGAUGCUGUUUUGGUUACUGGUAAUUUUCGCAGCAAAUUAUCGAAAACUGUUUACCGAAAACCGUAAUGACUAUUUGUAAAAUUAUGUUUUAAAGGUUGUGACCAUCGAUCUGUUAUUUAUACUUG